GCAGAGAGCAACAAAGCAUUGGAUCAACGUUCAAAAGAUUUCCGGUUUUCACUCCCGUCCCUCCGCAAACUGGCUGCGUGAUCCCAGAGCCCACUUCCUGCCGGCAGGCCCUCGGCCACAGGCCGCCCAGCGACCCCUGGGAAGAUGAGCGGCUGCGGGAGGAAGGCCCUGACCCUGCUGAGCAGCGUCUUUGCUGUGUGUGGCCUGGGGCUCCUGGGCAUUGCCGUCAGCACUGACUACUGGCUGUACCUGGAGGAGGGCGUGAUCCUGCCCCAGAACCAGAGCACGGAGAUCAAGAUGUCCCUGCACUCCGGCCUGUGGCGCGUCUGCUUCCUCGCGGGUGAGGAGCGGGGCCGCUGCUUCACCAUAGAGUAUGUGAUGCCCAUGAACACGCAGCUGACCUCAGAGUCCACCAUCAAUGUUCUAAAAAUGAUUCGCUCGGCCACACCAUUCCCUCUGGUCAGCCUCUUCUUCAUGUUCAUUGGGUUUAUCCUGAGCAACAUCGGACACAUCCGUCCCCACAGGACAAUACUGGCCUUUGUCUCUGGCAUCUUUUUUAUUCUCUCAGGCCUCUCUCUGGUGGUGGGCCUGGUGCUCUACAUCUCCAGCAUCAAUGAUGAGAUGCUCAACAGGACGAAGGACACAGAGACCUAUUUCAACUACAAGUACGGGUGGUCAUUCGCCUUCUCUGCCAUCUCUUUCCUUUUAACGGAGAGUGCAGGGGUGAUGUCCGUGUACCUGUUCAUGAAGAGAUACACCGCCGAGGACAUGUAUAGGCCUCACCCCAGCUUCUACCGUCCGCGUCUGAGCAACUGCUCCGAUUACUCAGGCCAGUUCCUGCACCCAGACGCCUGGGUCCGGGGCCGCAGCCCCUCUGACAUCUCCAGUGACGCCUCCCUGCAGAUGAACAGCAACUACCCAGCCUUGCUCAAGUGCCCCGACUAUGACCAGAUGUCGUCUUCCCCCUGCUGAGCCUCACCACCUCCCUCCCUGGACUGUGGACAACCAGACAGCCCUUCCCCUGAGGUCUGUGAGCCCCAGGCCCUUGGUUGACAGGCCCAGGCUGCCCCCACCACGCUUCGCUGUUGUCACUUGACUCGUGUUGUCUCCAAGCUUCCCCAAGAGUAGCUCUAAUUAACCCAGAGUGGGGUCUGGAUGCUGGAGCCAGCGGACAAGCUGAUUGGCUGAGAGUGAGGGUGUAGCCCCGCAUCUCGAGUGCCAAUCACUCCUGCCCCUCUCCCCUUUCUCUGGGAGAGGUGGCUGGUCUGUCCCUCCACACUCAAUUCCGUGGCCCCAGGCCAAGCUCAGCUCUGAGAUGCCAUGUUCCUUACGCAGACCCAGCUGGAGCCGUGUGCCUACCAACUAGCCAGGCCCUCGUGUUCACGACCUGGGCCAUCAGGCCGAAAGGUGACUCUCUUAUGGAGGCCUGACUGGUUCAGAAUUGCCAAGCAGUGUUCCUUGUGAAACCCUUAAUCCGUUUUUGUUACCCACAUCGUCCAUACAACACACUUUCCCGUGCUCCCUGCCCCGCCCCCCCACCUCACCCCAUAGGCUGUGAAUCUUCCCUCCUCUCUUCCCACCAAAACUCAGCUGCCCCAGCCUUGGUCCCUCAAGGGCUAAGCAAGGGGGGUUCUGAGGCUAGUCCGAGAAAGUCACAAAGAGGUGUUAAUGGCUGAUGAUGUCUUAAUCUGUACAGCCCCUAUACCAUUUUUAACAGGGGUCUUUUAAUGCCUUAACCCAAGUGACUCUGACAAGGAGAAUUUCAGACUUUGGCUGGUCCAAGUUAGUAUCAGCAGGCACUGCUUCAGGCCCUGGGGAUGCUGUCCCUGCUCCAACGGCAGUAGUUCCCAUCCAAGGCCCUAAAAUGGAAUCCUGUAGAUCCACAUCUAAACCACCUAAGUAGAAGGCAGCUUUCAAAGAGGCUGUCUGGGAUUUGGAGCUGGAUUUGCUGACACCUGGUGCGUUUUGAGUCCAAACAAUCCAGACUCGGAAGGAUCCAGCCACUCUCCUGAGGGUGCCCAUUGAACAUCUGGGGGUUGCCAUUUAAUCCUAACCCAGGGCAAUGUCUGCUUCCUGGACUUGGGGCAUAUGCUGGCAACUAGAUGCUUCCAGAAGAUGAGGCCCGGUGAUUCCCAUUUUCCUGUUGGCAAAGCUGACCUGGGAGGUACCAGGCCCCUCCGUGAGGUCCACCAGGGGGAGGGGAGGAGGGGAAUUGAUAGAAGGGCCACCGCAGGACGUGACCCCAGCUCUCAGGUGUCUUCUCAGUGAGCGUAGUUCUGGGCUAGAGACUGUGAGUAGCAGAAUGAGGCCAGGCCCUCCGCUGUGUGCUUUUGCAUUGCCAGCUUUUCUGUCUUUCUCUUGCUGUCCUUAAGAUAGCAUCAGGCUGCAGGUUCGCAGGGCCACUGCGGGCAGCACGUGGGCCCUGGAAAGCUAUACCAAAAACCUCCCAUCUGUGUGUACGGACUUGGAAAGGACAGUCUAUUAGUUUUCUAGAGCUGCAGACCCAAUGGGUCAAACGACAGACCGUUAUUUUCUCACAGUCCUGGAGACCAGAAGUCAGAGAUCAACGCGUCAGUAGAUUCACUUUCUUCUGAGGCCUCUCUCCUUGGCCUGCAGAUGGCCAUCUUUUUUGGAUGUGUCUGCACAGGGUCUUUCUUCUGCUUGUGCGCCCAGCCCUGGUGUCCAAAUUCCCUCUAAUAAGGACGCCAGUCAGAUCGGAGUAGAGCCCGCGUUCUAAGAGUCCUAUUUUACCUUCAUCACCAUGCAAAGGCCCUGCCUCCAAAUACAAUCACAUUCUGAGGUUCUGGAGGGGAGGGCCUCAACAUAUGACUUUGGGGGUCACACAACUUAGUGGGUACAGGCAAGUUGCUUCGUAGCUGGACGAUUCCACCUGCUUCACAGCACAGUAGAGGGGAAGAUCAGAGAAGCUGAUUCUGGUCCCCGCUCAGCCACUCACUCAGCAUGGAUCCUUGAGCAACCCCCGUCUGCUCUGAGGGGCUUGGCCUAAAUUAUUUUUAAGCCCCCCC